CCCGCCGCCGGGCCGCUCUCGGCCGCCGUAGGCCACGUGAGGCGCGAUGGCCGCCAGCCGGUACCGGCGGUUCCUGAGGCUGUGCGAGGAGUGGCCGGUGGAGGACACGAAGCGGCAGCGGGACCUGGGCGCGUUCCUGCGGCAGCGCGUGGCGCAGGCCUUCCGCGACGGCGAGAACACGCACAUUGCUGACCCUGAGAACUGCGACCAAAUGUAUGAGAGCUUAGUCAGAAUCCACACCAACUACUACAAAAAUAAGUAUCCACGCCUGAAAGACACAAACUUCACAGGAGUGACAGUAGAAGAUUGCAAGAUGAUACUAGCAACAGACGUUCUGCAACAGAUGGAAGACAUGAAAAAAGGGAUGUGGAAAAAACUGCGAGAAAAGUUUUAUGCCAAGAAACCUGAGGAGGACUCCAAGUGAUAGGCCAGCUCCAAUUCUCCACUGUAUAUAUUCCUGAACACUGUACGUUGCCAUGAUGAAUAAAACCAUUUAUUCCUCUUA